GCCACUCUUUUGCAUUCAUUACAUCAACUACCCUCUUUUAUUACAUGCACAAGAAUACAAGAUGAUGACACUUAUCAGACCUUCUUCGAUCACCCCACCUUAUAAUCAAACUCACCAAAAUUCUAAAAUUUUCUCUUUUCUUUCUUCUACCCUGAGAAAAACCCAAAAAAGAAAAUAUGGAAACCACCAAAUUAUUAUUAGUGAAAUGGAAUUUCAUAAUCUUCAUUAUUUUAUGUUCCCUUUUAUCCUUUUCUUUUUCAUCAACUUCUACGAAAAACACCUACAUUGUUCAAAUGGAUAAUUCAGCUAUGCCAUUAGUUUUUAAUAAUCAUCUUGAUUGGUACUCCUCUAAAAUUAACUCUGUCGUAACACAAAAUUUUACUACUACUAACAAUAAUGCAGAACAAAGAAUCAUGUAUACAUACAAGAAUGCUUUUCACGGGCUUGCGGCCCAACUCACUGAAGAAGAGGCUUCAAAGUUGGGCCAACAUCAUGGUGUGGUCACCUUAUUUCCAGAGACAGUGUACCAUCUCCACACUACCAGAAGCCCAAUGUUCUUGGGCUUAAACCGUGAGGAGGUGUUCCUAGAUAAGGCCCGAACCCGGACCCAGGCCCGGCACUACGACGUCGUCGUCGGGGUGCUGGAUACCGGGAUAUGGCCCGAGAGCCCGAGCUUCAACGACUCUGGACUCGGCCCGAUUCCGGCCCGGUGGAAGGGGGCGUGUGAGCGGGGUCGUGGUUUCGACCCGGCCCGACACUGCAAUAAAAAGAUUGUAGGAGCCCGUGUGUUUUAUCGUGGGUAUGAAGCUGCUACGGGAAAAAUUAAUGAAGAUAUGGAGUAUAAGUCUCCUAGGGACCAGGACGGCCACGGGUCCCAUACAGCUGGGACCGUGGCCGGGUCCCUAGUGCAUGGCGCGAGCCUACUAGGCUACGCGCCAGGCACGGCCCGAGGGAUGUACCCUCGGGCCCGGGUCGCCGCUUACAAGGUGUGCUGGACUGGCGGAUGUUUCAGUUCAGACAUCUUGUCAGCGGUCGACCAGGCUAUCACGGAUGGAGUGGACGUACUCUCCAUCUCAUUAGGAGGUGGAGUGUCGUCUUACUUCCGUGAUAGCCUAUCAGUAGCUACAUUUGGAGCUAUGGAGAAGGGUGUAUUUGUUUCGUGUUCGGCGGGUAAUGGUGGGCCUGAGCCGGUUAGUUUAACGAAUGUUGCACCGUGGGUUGCCACUGUAGGGGCGAGUACGUUGGAUAGGAAUUUCCCAGCUAAUGUUAGGCUUGGGAGUGGUAAGUCAUUUACUGGGGUGUCUAUUUAUAAAGGGAGGAUGAAAUUGUCUACUGAAAAAUUUUAUCCGGUUGUGUAUUUGGGGAGUAACUCAACAAACCUGGAUCUGGAUUCGUUUUGCUUGGAAGGUACUCUUGAUCGACGGAAAGUUCAGGGAAAGAUUGUAAUAUGUGAUCGUGGGCGUGGCAUUAACCCUCGCGUUCAAAAGGGCCAAGUAGUGAAAGAAGCCGGAGGAGUAGGCAUGAUCCUAGCCAACACUGAGGCCAAUGGGGAGGAGUUAGUAGCUGACUGCCACCUCCUCCCGGCUGUUGCAGUUGGAGAAAGGGAAGGAAAUAUCAUAAAGCGUUAUGCAAUGACAAGUCCAAAUCCCACAGCAACAAUGUCAUUCCUUGGUACAAAAGUGGGCAUCAAACCAUCCCCUAUAGUAGCGGCAUUUUCCUCCAGGGGACCCAACAUCCUAUCUUUAGAAGUCCUUAAACCCGAUGUAGUCGCUCCUGGUGUGAACAUCCUUGCAGCAUGGACAGGUAGUACAGGGCCCUCAAGUGUGUCAGCCGAUCAACGAAGAGUCAAGUUUAACAUACUAUCAGGCACGUCAAUGUCGUGCCCUCAUGUUAGUGGGGUGGCGGCCUUGAUCAAGGCCGUACACCCUAGUUGGAGUCCUGCUGCUAUUAAGUCUGCUUUGAUGACUACAGCUUAUAUCCAUGACAAUAGUAAAAGACCUAUAAUCGAUGCUGCUACAGAGUCAUCCUCGAGCCCCUUUGAUCAUGGGGCAGGUCAUAUAGACCCAGUUAGGGCUCUCAACCCGGGUUUGGUCUACGACAUCACACCUCAACAGUACUUUGAUUUCCUUUGUACCCAAAAACCAACUCCCCUCCAACUCAAAGUUUUCUCAAAGGGUGGUAAAAUGGCUUGCCGUAACACUAUUCUUAAGGCAGGAGACUUGAAUUACCCUGCAUUAUCAGUUCUGUUUCCUUCAAAUGUGAGCAUCUCUAGUAUAACCCUUCAAAGGACGGUCACAAAUGUGGGUCAACCUGUAUCGAGUUACCGUGUUCGAGUCACACCAUUUAAAGGGGCUAAGGUGUUGAUUGAACCAAAGGUGCUAAAUUUCACCAAGAUGAAUCAAAAGUUAUCAUACAAAGUUACCUUUAAGACGGUUUCGAGGCAGCCAAGACUAGAAAAUGGGUACUUGGUGUGGAAAAAUGGAGUUCAUAGAGUAAGAAGUCCUGUAGUGUUAACAUGGUUGCCAUCAAUUUGAGUUUGGAGGAUAAACGAACAUCUUGAGAUUGAGUUGGGAAUUUGGGAUAAUAAAAGGUUGGGAAUAUAAGGUAAAUUUGCCCCCUUUUUAUCUUUUUCAUGGUAUUUUCUUGAAUUAGCCUUAUUUAAGUUCUAUUAUGAAAUCAUUUCAUCGUUAUUGAGAAUGAAUAGAGUAUUUGUUUUCAUCUAAUAAGAUUAAGGGCUGGACAUGUUAGUUUCUACAGGAGGAAGGUGUACUGACAUGAAUGGUAGUUGGGUUUUGAAUAGAUUUGGGAGCAAAUAGCUCCUUCACUGACAUAGUAGUAUAGUCUUUGAUGACUAGUUAGUGGUAAUGUAUAAUGGGAUAUGUUUGAACUUUUUCUUGAAGUUUGUUUUGACACUAUUAAUAUUGGGUUAUUGUCAUUGUUUAAUUUGUUAUGCUA